CGAUACUACUAACCAGGUAUCGCCAUGUGAGUUUGCUUUUGCUGAUACCCAUAGAAUUUAUUAUGCUAACCACCAACCCAUUGUAUCCUUUACUCUCUCUCUCUCUCUCUCUCUCUCUCCUCUCCUCUCCGUGAACACUCACAAGGCUGUCUAGGCAUACAAGCCUCUCAUUUCCUCCCUCUCCCUCUCUCUCUCUCUCUCUCUCUCUCUCUCCCCUCCUGACCCUUUCCAGCACCAAUCACCUACAUAAAACACCGCCGUCGGCACUAUGAAGCAGAGCCACCGCAACCGCGGUGGAGCUCUGGCCGGAGCCUUUGUGCUGAUUCUUCCUGUUUUCUUCCCCAGUCUUUUCACUCCGUUGAGCCACGCGUCGCCUUCUCUUUUGUCGGAAUGGAAUGCUCCGAAACCCAUGCACUUAGGUCUGCUAAAUAGUGCAUUACAGCAACAGGAUUCACAAGAGAAGCUAUCUGAUCCCUGGUCUCCUUUGCCUGACGAAGGAUGGAAGCCGUGCUUGGAUUCCUCUAAUGCUCCAUCACUACCAACAAAUUCUCAAGGAUAUCUACAAGUGUUUCUUGAUGGAGGGUUGAACCAGCAGCGAAUGGGGAUUUGUGACGCAGUUGCUGUUGCUAAGAUUUUGAAUGCUACUCUCGUGAUACCAUAUUUUGAAGUGAAUCUUGUCUGGCAAGAUUCCAGCUCAUUCGGAGAUAUCUUUGAUGUGGAUCACUUUAUUGAUGUACUGAAGGAUGAUAUUUCUAUUGUCAAAGAGCUUCCAGAGGAUUUCUCUUGGAGUACGAGGAGGUAUUAUGCUACAAGAAUACGUGCUACCAGGAUAAAAAAUGCACCAGUUCAUGCUUCGGCUAACUGGUAUCAUGAGAACGUCUUGCCCAUCUUAGAGAGUUAUGGAAUAGCCGCAAUUGCACCAUUUUCUCACCGUCUGGCAUUUGACAACUUGCCAAUGGACAUCCAACGGCUACGUUGUAAAGUCAACUUUAAAGCAUUAAGCUUUGUUCCUCACAUUCGAGCUCUUGGAGAUGCUCUUAUCAGUCGCCUUAGGUAUCCACCUGACCAACGUGAAGCACUUGGUACCAAUUACCUAAAAGAGGUCACUGAUGCCGCAGACAGACAAGGACCAGGGAAGUUCGUUGUCCUACACCUUCGGUUUGAUAAGGAUAUGGCUGCUCAUUCAGCAUGUGAUUUUGGUGGGGGUAAAGCUGAGGAAUUGGCUCUGGCCAAGUACAGGCAAGAGAUGUGGCAGGGAAGGGUCCUAAAUUCCAAAUUCACCGACGAGGAGCUGAGGAAUCUGGGGCGAUGUCCUUUGACUCCAGAAGAAAUCGGAUUGCUGCUUGCAGCUUUGGGUUUUGACAACAAUACUCGUUUAUAUCUUGCCUCCCACAAGGUGUAUGGCGGAGAGGCCAGACUUUCAGCCUUAAGAAAAUUGUUUCCACUUAUGGAAGACAAAAAGAGUCUUGCCUCCGCAGAAGAAAGGGCACAGAUCAGUGGGAAAGCUUCCCUCUUGGCUGCGGUUGAUUACUAUGUCGGUAUGCACAGUGACAUCUUUGUUUCUGCCUCUCCAGGAAAUAUGCAUAAUGCCAUGGUGGGACACAGGACUUUCGAGAAUUUGAAAACAAUUCGACCGAAUAUGGGAUUGUUGGGUCAGCUGUUUCUGAAUAAGAGCAUGAGUUGGUCAGAAUUUCAACAAGCAGUGGUGGAGGGGCACCAAAGCAGACAAGGCCAGAUCAGGAUAAGGAACCCCGAACAGUCUAUAUAUACAUACCCUGCUCCCGAUUGCAUGUGCCAUGGUUAAGGACAAAUCGUUGUGAAGAGUAUACUUGCACUUUACGCGUCUUGUGAUUUCCAACUUCGAUUAUUGUUUGUGUUUUAAUACCUGAAUAAGGUACAAUCCCAUUUCUCUUAUCCUUGGAACAUUGUAGAAAUUGUUGUUGAAACCACAGAAAGUUCAGUGAGGGUGGGAGUUAUUAUCAUAUAGAAAAUGGGCUUGUUCAGUGUGUUGUGUGGAUCUGAUAUAGGAUUUAAGAAUAUAGCAUUUGUAGACAUGUAUGUUAUGUGAAACACACGAAUUCAUAUAUAUCAUACUACGAGUGCGUUUGUUUCUUCCA